UGCUCUAAAAUGGGAUUCAGAUUGCCUAGUCUUCAAAAGAAAACUUCUGUUCCAAAAGGUUAUCUUGCUGUUUAUGUUGGAGAGAACCAAAAGAAGCGAUUCGUGAUACCUAUAUCAUACUUGAACAAUCCUUCAAUUCAAGACUUGCUAAGUCAAGUUGAACGAGAAUUCGGAUUUGAUCAUCCGAUGGGUGGCCUCACAAUUCCUUGCAGAGAAGAUGUCUUCCUAGAUAUCACUUCUCGCUUGCAAAGAUCAUAAAAGGAGAAGAUUUAAAUGUUGAUCAUAAGUGAUCAAUACAAUUUUGUACUAUAGCUAACACUUGUAAAUU